AUGUUUUGCAAUUACGUGGAAGCGCGGAUCGUCAUCGACCAGAUAGACUUCCAAGAGGAGCGGUCGAAUCAGGCAGCUAAAGAUGCUAGCCAGGAACAUCUUGCGCUGGCUACGCAGGCACAGUCAGGGGUGAUCUGGGGAGGUGGUACUCUACUACUACUCUCGGCCGCUCGGCGCCCAGCGGAGCCAAGGGUGGUAGUGUCAGACGGUGCAAGACGGUGCAGGGUGGUUGCGGCUUUGGUCCUGACGGCAUUUGCCCUCAAAGGCGCGCUUGCGCAGCCGGCACACCACAACAUACAUCGCCAUAACCAGAAUCACGCUGAGCUGGACAAACGCCAGGCUUUUGACAAAUGCGAUAUCGAAAAUUACAAAGGGGCGCCCUGGUACGCGGCAAAGAAGGCGUCAGGAGGUGCUCUCGAUGGAUGCCCAUCGCCAGCGUCUGGUACUACGCCUCAGGUGGAAAAUAAGAAAGUCGAAAAUGACCCGGCUCCUUCGAGCUCGGCCUCUUCAACGCCUGGAUCGGGAGGGUCUAGCAGUGAUUCGACCAGCAAAUCGAGUGGUGGGACUGGCCAAUGCAGUGAUCUGAAAGACAUCUACACAGAUCCAGAUACGACGGGUGGCCAAGGCCCGACGUCAGCUUCGUCGGAUUGUUUCAAGAGCUCCCUCAGCAAACGCGCGACCGACGCGCAGAUUUUAACCUCUGGCAACACAGGCGGCAGCUGCUACGGCUCGAAUAUCCAGCCUGAAGCGAGUUGCAACCCCAGCGGCCAGUUUAGCUUGAAGAUCACCAGCAACUUCGCCACCGACAGCAAAUACUGGGUCUGGAACAAGGCUGGCCCAAGCGACGGCAUAUCUGGCAUGAUGAAUCAUGCCUUCCAUCAAUUUACCCUGAAGAAGGGGCAGUCGGCACUUUUCAACAUCGAGAAGGGGUCAAUCGUUGGGUUCUCUAAAGCUAUACCACGAAUGACCAGCAACGGAGGGGUGCCCGGUGGUCCCUUAGGGGAGGUCACUUACUAUUGCACAGCUCCAAACUGCAAUGGUGGCUCAUACUACGACACGUCGCUUGUCACCUACAAGGAAGCCGGCGGUGAAAUGUAUCCACUGUCGAUCAAAGCAGAUGGCUACUCUACAUCCUCGACGACAGAGUGCACGUUCACGAGAAACAAUCAGGAUCAUCCUGAUGAUUCUAGCUGCCAGAUGGGGCCCAACUCCUACGACAACAAUCCGUUCCAUGUGGAGGCCACGUUUGGAUAA